AUGUUUGAAUAUUUGUUGCUUUUACUAAUUGCCGUUCUUGUGAUAAUUGCGGUGGUGAUGAUAAUCAAAUUUCGAAAAACACCAUUUCGACUGGCAAAACUACCACACCUUGCAUUUAAAAACGUGCUUAAUAGAAUGGAUAUUAAUGAUGUAAUCAAUAUGGCUAGGAUCUCAACCAAUUUCCGAUGCAAAUUAAAACAAGCAAAUCGUAAAAUUUUCAAUCUAAUCAUUGAAUGUCACGAGUACUAUUCUGGCAGGAAAACCGCCCCCUAUUGUCAAAGAAUAAUAGUUAUGGAAACAGAAAAAGAUAUGCAAUAUGUAUAUCAAUUUAUGAUGAAUAAGGCACAAAAACAAGGAAUCGACUGGGCAACACACUAUGAUGUCAAUCACUAUAUUAAUUUUUAUUGCACGAACUACAAGAAAGUGAGCAAAUUUCCAGUUAUCCCUUUCAAAACUUCUCAAGAAUUAACACAUCUCUUGGAUAUUUUAAAUAAUUCCUUUUUAAUCGAUCAUGUCAAUUUAGCUAUUGAUCAUGAUCAACUCUUUGGGAAUUUUCAAUCCGCAUUGAGCCACCCAUUAUUUCGGAAAUGUAAUUUCGUCAAACUUCUUGGAGAUGAUUCGUUUAUUUCCACAGAGGAUAUAGAAUUUAUAUUGAAGAAUUUCGAUUUGAAAUAUGGAUUUUUGACCCGCUGUCUAUAUAAAAUGGAGUUUAACAAUAAACUGCUGUUCAAUAUUCCUCGAUUGGAUCUAAACAGAGAUUCAGUAACAUUGGACGAUUUGAAAAUGAUGAACUGUGAAAAGAUUCGACUAUUUAAUUGUAUGUUCAUGGCAAAACAACUCAGCGAGUAUAUUCGUUAUUGGUUUGCCGGGAAUUUGCCAAAAUUGAGAAGAUUUCAAGUAAAUGCCUGGCGGGACUACUGAACUGAGGAUUUGCUGAUUGAUUUACCACCACAUUCGAAAUGGAAUCCGAAACGUCGUGCAAAAAUAUACAGCGAUGAUCUGGAAUUCGUGGAUUGUUCAAAAGGGCGAGAUAUCGAAAGAAGUGAUGGUCUACUUGCAACAAUACUAUGCGCAUCCGAUACCAUGCACUUCCUAGUAUGGCAUGAUAGAUUCCCAACGGAUCCCCGAACAUUCUUCCCUUUCUCUGAUUCUGUAUUGAUUCCAAUUACAGAUGAUUGA